AUGUUUAAUAGAAAUAGUAAUAUUGAAAAUUUAGAAAAUAAAUUAAGUGGUAUUAAUGAGAGUAUAACAAAUGGGAAAUUAGACAUUUCAAAAAAGAGUCAAUUUUUCAUUGACCAGUUAAUGAAAUUUGAUACAAGUUCAAAACGAUUAGAUAUAGUGGCAUCAUUUAUCAGUAAUAAAAAGUAUUCAACAUUUCAAGAAUUAAAACAGUCAUAUCAAGAUCAAAUGUCAAGAUCUAUCUGUGGUAAAGUUUGGAACUCAGAGUCUCAUAUUUAUAAAUGUUUAGAUUGUCAAAUUGAUGAUAAUUGUGCAAUUUGUAUUGACUGUUUUGAGGAGGAUAAACAUGUUGGACAUAGAUAUAGAUUAAUAGUUGGUUUUAAUGGCUGUUGUGAUUGUGGUGAUUUUAGUGCGUGGAAAAAGGAGGGAUGUUGUUCAGUGCAUGUUAAACGUGAAGGUCAAGAGAAAGGUGAUGAUACUAAGGUGAAGCAACCAUUGCCAGAGAGUACAGAGUUCAUAAUGAUCGAUAUUUUUUUAACCAGAAUAUUAACGGAUCUUUCAAUCAAUAGAUAUACUGUUACAACUGAGUCACUUUUAGAUAUUUUAAAUAAAUUCAUUGAUGUGUUGGGUGACGAUUUCACACUACUAAUAACGAAUUUCAUUUCAAAAUUAAAUCAAUCACCAUUAAUCAUAACAUUACCUAAAAGAAUCAGUAGCUCAGCAUCGGUAAUAUUGCCAAAGACAACAACAUCAUCUUCCACAACAACCUAUAAGGUGACAUUGACAGAAAGACAUAUUUUUAAUGGCCUAAGUCUAUUCACAAGUAAGGGCAUACCAACAUUGGAGAAGUUUGUAAUCUCAUUAUUUAUCUCUACUGAUUUCAGAGAUACCUUGGCAAUGUCAAUAGCUGAAGCAUUCUCUUGUCCAACUUAUGAUUCAAGUUUAACUGUACAAUUAUUCACUGUCGACAGUACCGCUUUAAAAAUCGUUGAAACUGGUAAAUUUAAAUAUAUGCUUAAUACUUUCCUUAGAUCAUUAUUAAAUGAAGAAGAUGAUAAAGAUAAAAUUAUCCUUCUACGUGAAGGUGAGGUUAUAGAACAGGUUUUAGAGGAAGAUCACAAUUAUUAUGAUGAUGAUGAUGACGAAGAGGAAGAGGAAGAGGGACAACAAGAAAAUGAAAAAGAAGAAGAAAGAGUUGAUAAUGGUGUUAAUCAAGAAGUUCAACAACAGCAACUAACACAACAACAAGAAGGUGCUGUUCCAAUGUCAACUUCACCCCCACCCGUAAAUAAUAAUAGUACAACAACAUCAAAUAAAACAAAACAAAAUAUAUAUCAAAUAUUAGAUCCAAAGAUGACUAAAUUUGUAGCAAGAUUAUAUUUUAAAUCAUUAAUUUCAAUAGCUUAUAUUUUAAAGACCAAAUCAAGUUUCUUAUGGUUAAUUGAUAAUCCAACGUUAUUGUAUAAAAGUUUAUUAUCAUUGGCUUUGGCUCAAGGUAUGAAUCCAAAUACAAGAUUAACAACUAGACAUAUAGAGUAUGAAGAUCAAACUUGGGUUCAUUGUUUUUAUUUUGAAAUUUAUCUUACAAAGUAUAUAACGCAUGCAAUUUUCGAUCAAUUUAAAGAUAAUGAAAAAUUAAUCACAAAGGAAAGUCAAAUUGUUAACAUAAGAGAUUUCAUAUUCAAUCAUAUUAUUGACUAUUAUAAAUAUGAAAGUGUACAUGAAGUUGGAGGUAAUACUACUAGUAAUAGUGAUGUUAGUGGUUAUAAAAAUACUAUAAGAUUGCCUUUUAAAGAGAGCGAUAGUGGUGAUAAAGAUAUUAUAAAAUGGAAAAUGGGUAUUAGAGAUACUGUUAUUCCAGAAUAUAGAGUUUCAAAACAACCAGUUUCAAUUCAUAUACCAUUACAUCGUGCAUUUACAAGUGCCGUCUAUUUUCAAUCAAUUAAAUUUAAUACAACACCAGAGGAAGUUUUAAAAAUAUUGUCAAAAAAAAAUUCCAUAUAUCAAAGUGUUUGUUCUGCUGUUAUUGAACAUGUAUUUAGAGCAUUUUCAAUGUCAUUCCAAUUUUUGGCUGGUAUGUGGGUUAGAAAUGGUGAUCCAAUGAAGAAUCAAAUCGCAAAUUAUUUCCGUGUAAAAGAUCAAAAUAGUACAGUGGAUUUAUAUUUGAUGCAAUAUGUAUCAUUGGCAAUGGAACCAAAGAUUUUCUUUUCACAAUUUUUAGAUCGUUGUGAAUUAUGUUCUUGGUUUUAUUUAGAUGGUCAUAUUUUUAUUGAUGAACAAAAUCAAACUUCAAAAAAUAAUAAUAAUAAUAAUAAAAAUAAUAGUAAUAAUAAUAAUAAUAAUAAUAAUAAUAGUGGAAUUAGUAUAGUUAAUGAAGUUACAAAUAAAUCACCAUCUGUAUCACCAUUAUCAUCAUUUACAUCAGCUGUUCAAUCAACAUUUUCAUCAACAUUUUCAUCAACUUCCUCUACACCUAAUCAUCAACAUAAAUCUGAAUCUGAUCGUGCAAAUACUAUUAUAGCUGAAAACUUUUUAGAAACUAUAAUUUGGUUAUUCACUGAUAGAACAAAGUUGGCAAAUUUAGAGGGAUCAAACCAGUUGUUAAGAAAGGAGUUGAUUCACAUUCUUUCAGUUAAACCACAGAAAUUUAGUGAUAUUUAUUCAAAAGUUUCCAAUCAAUUUCAAGACUCAUUGGAAUUGGAUUCUAUCCUAAGGGAUAUUUCAACGUUUAGUAAUGCAACGGGUACAGAAAGUGGUAUCUAUCAAUUGAAACCUUCAUCUUGGAAUGAAUGGGACUAUUAUUAUCCAUAUCAUAAAAAGACUGAUCAACAGAAAUCUGAAGAGAAUUAUGUAAUUCAAUGUAAACGUGAAAAGAAAUCUUUGAUUGAACAAAAUACAAAACCAAUAGUACCAUUGGAGGAAGUUCUACCUGCUUUCACUGGAAUCGAGCGAAUACUUCAAUGUGAAAUACUUCAUACAAUUAUUUUUGCAAUCAUUCAUAAUAGUUUAACUGGUUCUGUAAAAUCAUCGGAAACUCUAUUAUCAACCGCACUUCAUCUUUUAUAUCUUGCAAUUGAUACUUAUUAUUUAAAUAGUAAAAAUCAAAUAUUUAAGAAAUAUGGUUUUCAUAGAAGCACGAUGGAGACGAAACCAUAUCCACUCCCACAUUCAGAGAACCCAAGAACCUAUAGAUCACCUUUAGGUUUAGCUCAUGAUAUUUUAGAUAUUGGAUUUACACUUGAUAAUAUUUUAAAUAAUAUGGUUCAACCAAUUAAACAAACAACUUCAUUCAUUUCUGUAUUAUCACCUCCAACAAUUACUUUAUUAUCUUUAUUAAAACAAAUGCAAUCAACACCAAAAUUUGAAAUACAUUUUGGUUCAAUUUCUAGAAUUUUAUCUCAUCCGACCCUUGUACAUAGUUUAAAUAUUAAUAAUGAUAAUAGUAGAAAUAAACGUGAAAUUCUUAAUACUGCAGGUGAUCAAACUGUUUAUGCUAAUCGAAUUCGUAAUACUCCAACCAUUUCAACUACUCCAACCAUUCCAACUACUUCAACUACUUCAACUACUUCAACUACUCCAACCAUCCCAACCAUCCCAACCACUCCAACCCUUCCAACUACUUCAACUACUUCAACUACUUCAACUAUUCCAACUACCACUACUACCACUACUACCACCACUACCACUCCAAUAACCACUUCAACUAAUCCAUUAAAAGAAUCAACAUCACCUGUAUCAUCACAAAUGAAAGAGAUUGCAAUGAAAAGACAAAAAGAAUUAAUGAGAUUAAUGCAAGAACAACAAAAGAAAUUCAUGAAAACUAAUGAUAUUGAAGAUAAAAAAUCAGAAAAAGAUGAAAAUGAAUUUGACGGUGUAGAUAAUAAAAAAAAAAUAAAGAAUUCAACUGAUGAUAUAAUGCAAACAACAGGAGAGGUUGAUAUAUUUAAUUUUCAAAUUUCUGAUGAACAACAACAACAAGAAGAAGAAGAAAUUGAUUUUGGUUCAUGUGCAAUUUGUAGAGAUGAAUUAGAUGUAACAAAGACACAACAUCCAUUUGGUUAUGUUGCCUCAUUACAAAAGAACUCUUUAUUACCAUACUGUCCAUUAUUAGUCAGUGAUCCAUUAAUGUCAAAUGAAGAUAGAAGAAGAGCAAAAUUAAUUAAAAAUUCAUCAUUGGAAGAAACCAAAGAUAUUGAUCAAAAUGCUCCAUUGUAUGUUGAUGUUAAUGAUACAAAUGGUUCAUUCAUUACAUUUUGCUCUCAUUUAAUUCAUAUCAAUUGUUUAAACACUUUGAAUGAUAACAGUGCUGGUGGAGUCUUAAGAAAUCAAAACAGAUUAAAGAAUUUCUCUUGUCCAGUUUGUCGUCGUUCAUCAAAUAUAAUCGUUCCUUACUCAAAACAAAAAGUUUCAUCAUCAAUUAGAACAAGAGUUAAUUUUGAUAAUACUAUUGAAUCAAUAAAGCAAUCAUUUAAUAAUUGGUUUACUCAAGUUUAUAAUGACUCUACUACUACUACUACUACAACAACAACUACUACAAGUGAUCAAGUUUCUACUGAAUUAAAUGAAUUGAAUAAAUCUUCUUCUUCAUUAUUAUCUUCAUCUUCUUCAUCAUCUAUUACCAGUGGCACAAAUAAAACAACAACAACUCAAGAAUAUGAUCAAUUUAUAAAAACUGUUUAUGAUUCUACUACAAUUCAAGAUUUAAGUUUUUGA